AUGGCAGCUAGAUAUGGUCGAGGGGGCUCAGAGGUGGCACGGACUGGCCGCCGAAUCUCCUUCAUGUGGCGCGAGAUUGGGAGAUACUUGCCGACUGUGUCGGCAAACACCAGGUUGCUGAUAGGCGAUGGACGGAGCAUCGAUGUGACUGGUGAUCCGUGGGUGGAUACCUUUUCUUUGAGGUGCUGGCCGACCAUGAUGGAUACUGAGGCAGCAGAGGGGCUCCGGGUGUGCGACCUCCUAGCACCAGGGAGGGCAGAGUGGGACGAGGCCAGACUACGACAGUUGUUUGGGGUACACCUUGCUGAGAGAAUCUGGUCCCUUCCAGUACCAGGAUGUGAGGGGCCAGACGUCAGGGUUUGGGGCACCUCAUGCAGGGCCAGUGUCAGACUGGAAGACCUAUCCCGGGUUAUCCAGCAGGAGCAUGAGCGGGGGCCGGACUGCAUCUGGAUCUGGAGGUCCGGGCUCCAUCCGAGGGCUGCACUCUUUUUAUGGAAGGUGACGUGGGACCGCCUACCGACGAGAGCAGUGCUGAGCAGGCGUGGUUUGGAAAUCCCUGCGGAGUGCGAGCUUGCAGUGCAGAGGAGUCAGUGGACUAUGUGCUAUUCCAGUGCACAUGGGCAAGGUCGACAUGGCAGUGGACAGGGAUCUCGGAGGAGGCUUGGCGUGAGAGGCGACUCUUCCUACAGAUGA